ACAAACAUGGCGGUCUCUUUGAAAGAAGCAAAACACUUUCGCUCCUGGGAAAAUGCGGAUAUGUACGAAGAAAGUGAUGUAGCUCGAUUGUGUGAAAGACAAAGUAUCAAUUAUACAAAGCCUGUUCAGUGUACAAAAUAUUUAACUUUUUAUUUGGCUUUGAUCGGAUUUAUUUUGUUAUUUUUUGUCGGAUUAUUGACGGGAUUUUUAUUGAGGGCUGAUACAAAAGUACCACCUAAAUGUCAAAAUAUUAUUAGGCAAAGAAAAGAUGGACUCGAUGGAUUCAAAUUGCAAUCAGUGCAUAACAAUAUAAUGCAUUUCAUUACAACUGAAUCAGUGAAAGGAACUUUGAGAGUAUUAGAGUCACUCUCUGCUGAAAAGCCUGGCACAAAUCAAGGAAACCUUGCAGUAGCAGACUUCGUCAAAGAAAACUUUAAAAACUAUGGCCUGGAUCAUGUGGCAAUUAAGGAAAGUGAGGCUGUUGUUACCUACCAUGAUGCUAAAACUCGACUUGAGAUCAUUUUUGAAGAGGAUACAAAUAGAUCAACGAUAGAUGAAGCUGAUUGGCAGAUACAGGGGUAUGGGUUUGACCAGUUGACAGUGUUUGGAAGUGCACAGGGUCAUCUAGUGUAUGGGCACAUUGGACGGCCAGUGGACCUCCUACGCCUGACCUCUGCCAAUGUGACACUGAGGGACUCCAUCCUCCUCCUUCAGCUGGGGGAUGUAUCUGUCAUGGACAAGGUCACUAGAGCAACAGAAGCAGGUGUUUCAGGGUUGUUGUUGUUCUGUCCUCACCCUGGCUGUUACCAUGGCGAACUAUAUUGAUGACAUUGUCAGAUUUGGACUCAAAGCUGAAGACUGGCAGCCAACCAUUCCUGUGGUGGCAAUAUCAAACAUCACUUCAUCUAAACUGGCCACACUUGCUGAGGGUACAAGUCUAUUUCCUGAAAUAUGGACAGAUAGUGCACAUGGUUCAAAAUCCCAGAAAGUGAGUGUUAUGAUGGAUCUAUCAACUAGACGAGAGAAACUGCCGACAGCCAAUGUGCUGGGAACGUUGUACGGCAGUGAAGAACCAGAUCUUGAGCUGCUUAUUGGUGCCAGUCUGUCUACCUCCAGUAGUAAUGGCUUACAAUCAUCUCCCCUUGACCUGGUCAGUAUAGCCAGCCUACUGGAACUGGCUAGGACAAUGUCACAUGUGCACCACACACAGGGAUGGACGCCCAGACGAACGGUCAAGUUUGCACUGUGGGACAGGUCGUCAGGAAUGGACACCGGACUUGCCAGAUAUAUACAGAACAAUAAGCAUAUUUUGGGACAAGAGGCUGUAGCAUACAUAGACCUUGACCUUGCUGAAGACAGAGACGUGAGGAGACUGGAUUCCAGUGUGGGACUGAUGGAUUUGUUGAGGAUUAUUGCAGACAUGGUUCCUGAUCCAGUUGAACCUGAAUUCUCAUUGGUUGAAAAAUGGCCCUCUUACUUCAGCCAACAAUAUAAUCGCCAGCCACUAGGCAACUAUGUCAUCAACAUGGCAAACAUGUCACCUCUGGCGUCAACUAUCGGAAUACCCAGUAUAUCCAUACAGUCUCUGCAGAUUUUACUGUCAAGGGAGGCAAAUGUUAAUGACCCAUACAUCAGUGCAAUAACAAGAGUGAUGUCCCUUGUUGGGGUCCGAAUCAUUGAUGACAUUGUGCUGCCGUAUAAUCUGAGUGCAUUUGUGAACUUCAUAGACCUUAGGGUCAGAAACACACUUACACUGGCAGAUAAAUCACUUCCGGAAGAAGAGUUCUUGAAGAAAAACGACAAUGUUUUACAAGCAUUGGAAAAACUGCAGCAGGCUGUCAACAAUCUUCCUGCCUAUGACCUGUGUUUGGUAUUGACGCACCUCAACAAUGUUAAGAUGAAAAUGGAGUCAUUGUUCACAGAUUGGAGACAGACAGUGGUGAAAGGAAGCACUCACACAUCUGUACUAUCAACUGUUGCUGAAGCUGUAGAUCUUUACAAAUUAACAGGAAAUACAGACUAUUAUCACAAAGCACAAUCAGAAAUCACCUCAAGACUUUCUGAAGCUAUGAAGCUGAUUCAGACCGUGCCUGCAAGUUAGCGUGUAAGAACAGUGUAGUUCUUGCUGAAGUGUAUGAGAUUAUACCAUGUCUUUCAGAUACAGAUGUAUCCCUCAAUGACUGUAAUUAGCACUUUAAUUUAGACAUGUGUCUGAUACUUUGACAGACUGGAACAUGCUAUUUGUAUAUAACUGUAUAUCUAGUCAAUGUUAAACUGUUCUCUUUGGCUAUGCCACCAGUGAUUUUAGUAUGUUACUAGUAAGAAUGAAGUUUUGCUUGACUAAACCAAUAAAUUGGCUUUAGCGAGGGGGACAUUUCAAAAGAGAUCUUACUGAGUCGGUUUUAAUCACAAAAUGAAAUAAUCUUACUGUUAUAACUUCAUUACUUUGUAACAUAUUUGUGUGAACUGAACAUCAACCAGCAUUAAAAAUGAACACACAUUUCAAGCAUUUAAAUAGUACAAUGUUUUUCCAUUUGAGAUUUUUGUACAGUUACUGUUACUGAAGUUGCUACAAAAAAUCUUUAUUAAAACAGGCCCCAGGGUCAUAAGGCAGUAAAGAAAACACAAAUAACAGCAAUUUUAACACCAAGGUCUCUACACUAGCCAGUGUAUGAACCACCGACUAACCCACUGUUUUUGUCAGAAGCUUUCAAAAUGAUUAAUCAUAAUUUGUUCAAGGAUCCCAUUGGCGGGGAAAUGUACGCAAACAUUAAGUUUCUUCAACACUCCUAUCCUGUUAACUGUGGUAGGGUCAAAUCCACAUGAUUCAAGUGUUCCUAUAUGAACGUUGGUAAUCCUCAAAGGACUUCUUUCAUACAAUAAGGACGCUGAUUAUCUGCUAAGGACUACAUUCAUACAAUAUGAAUGUUGGUUAUCCUCAAAGGGCUACUCAUAAAUAUGGACGUUGAUAAUCUGUGAAGGACUAUGUUCUUUUAUUUAUGUUUGCAUUAUUUUGUCUGUAUUUUGUCUCAUGUUAUAACUGAGAUGUUCUGACUGAUGCCUGUACUUCUGCUUAUUCUUACUCAGAACGCAGCCUACGUAAGACAUACUUUCAAUAUUAAUCUUAAUUCAACAGUAUUAAACUGUAACAUGAAUAAAUCUUCUCCUAUAUAGAAAUCUAUUUGCACUCAGCCUCUCUCAAAAAAUCAACACCGUCGCCAUAAAGUCAUCACUCAUGUAUUUGGAACAGUUAUUUAUUUCAACAACAUGAAUAAAGCUUGAAUAAAAAUACCAGUAGAUCUAAAUACUGUUAUAUUUAAACAUUUUAAAAAGUAGUUUAUGUUGAUAAUCAAAAGAUAAUAAUAAAAGUGUGUAUAAAUGAGAACAUAAGAGCAUUUAAUUCCAUUGUGAAAAGAUUUUCUACAAUUAAUGUGUGUUCCUUGUCUCUCUGUCUAGUAACAAUUCAUGUAAUAUGUGUGUUCCUUGUCUCUCUGUCUAGUAACAAUUCAUGUAAUAUGUGUGUUCCUUGUCUCUCUGUCUAGUAACAAUUCAUGUAUAUGAUGCAACUUCUUUUGAAAUGUAGUCAGUGAUCAGAUUUUUUUAUGUCUAAAUGUAAUAGGUACAUGUAAUUAUGUUUGAAUGCAUUAUUUUCAUUGAAUUGUUAAUUUGUUUGUUUUAUGUGCAAUAUUUGAACUGAUUUUAAAUGGAAAUAAAAAGCA